UAUUUUCAGUGGAUGGAAAAAAUGGCCAACGGUACAUAUGUAUUCCGUAAUGACCGUGCAGAGGAAAGAGAAGCAGAACGACAUUCUUCAAACCAGCAGAAAAAUCUGGAAGCCUUGUUUUUGAAGAUUCAGCAAGCGUUCGAACAGCAAGAGGCAUGUGAAAGAAAAGCAAAAGGUACGAAGCGAAAUUCUUUAAGUGUAACCCAAAUUGCUGCGCUUCAGGAUGGUGCAGAGAUCUAUGAAGCCCUUCAGAAUGAACCUGAUCCAGGAUACUUAGAGUCAUGUAUGAGCGGUGAGCAACUGCGUGCC